CCAGCGCGUGCGCAGUCUGAGCCUUUCGUCUCAGCUGUGAGGAAAGCGCUGAGGGUAACGUCCCCGGCUCGGGGGAGACCUGCGGGGUCAUGGCUCCCCGCUGACAGGGCCCGCCGAGUGGAGAAGGGGGCGAGGCUCUCCGUGGACCCUCCGCCGGGUCCGCGGCAGUCGACUUGUCCCUCGGCCUUCCCGUUCGCUGCUGCCGCCGCCGCCGCCGCCGCCGCUGGCGGCGGCUGAGGCGGGGAGAUGAGCUGGUUCAACGCCUCCCAGCUCUCCAGCUUCGCCAAGCAGGCCCUGUCUCAGGCCCAGAAGUCCAUCGACAGGGUCCUGGACAUCCAGGAAGAGGAGCCGAGCGCCUGGGCUGAGACCAUUCCGUACGGAGAGCCGGGAAUAAGCCCCCCUGUCAGUGGAGGAUGGGAUACUUCAACCUGGGGGUUAAAAUCCGACACUGAACCUCAGAGUCAACCGGUAGCGUCUCCUAAAGCAAUUACAAAGCCAGUUCGGAGAACUGUGGUAGAUGAAUCUGAAAAUUUCUUCAGUGCCUUUCUCUCUCCCACCGAUGUCCAGACCAUUCAGAAGAGUCCAGUGGUAUCAAAACCACCAGCUAAAUCACAGCGACCAGAAGAAGAAGUGAAAAGCACCUUACAGGAGUCCUUGCACGCUGGACAGUCGAGAACAACUGAAGCCCCUGAGUCCAAAGUAGAAGACUCUCCUCCGUGUGUAUCAGGGGAAACUCUGACAGCGAGUACUCUGUCUCCUAAAACUGAGGGCAAGCAUGAAGAAACUCUUAAUAAAGAAUCGGAUACAAAGGUGUCAACAGUACAUUUGAAAGUAUCUGAAAGUGUAAUUAAUGUGAAAACAACUAGGGAAAAUGUAUCUAAUAUGCCUACACAGCCUCUCACAGCGGAAACAAAGGACAUGGCUUUGGAGCCUAAGGAGCAAAAACACGAAGACAGACAGAGCAAUACACCUUCUCCUCCUGUUAGUACCUUCUCAUCAGGUACUUCUACCACGAGUGAUAUUGAAGUUUUAGAUCAUGAAAGUGUAAUAAGUGAGAGCUCAGCAAGUUCAAGACAAGAGACUACAGAUUCAAAAUCAAGUCUGCACUUGAUGCAGACAUCCUUUCAGCUUCUCUCGGCAUCUGCUUGUCCUGAAUAUAAUCGUUUAGAUGAUUUCCAAAAACUCACUGAGAGUUGCUGCUCAUCUGAUGCUUUUGAAAGAAUAGACUCGUUUAGUGUACAGUCAUUAGAUAGCCGUAGUGUAAGCGAAAUCAAUUCAGAUGAUGAAUUGUCAGGCAAGGGAUAUGCUUUAGUACCUAUUAUAGUUAAUUCUUCAACUCCAAAGGCUAAAACAGUUGAAUCUGUUGAAGGAAAACCUGAAGAAGCAAAUGAAACAUUAAUUAUGCCCACUGAAGAAACAGAAAUGGAAGAAAGUGGACGAAGUGCAACUCCUGUUAACUGUGAACAGCCUGAUGUCUUGGUUUCUUCUACACCAGUCAAUGAAGGGCAUACUGUCCUAGACAAGGUGGCUGAGCAGCCCGAAGCUCCUGAAAGUCAGCCAGAAGCACUUUCUGAGAAGGAAGAUGUAUUCAAGACAGUUGAAUUUCUGAAUGAGAAACUGGAUAAAAGGGAAGCUCAGUUAUUAUCUCUUAGUAAAGAAAAAGCACUUCUAGAAGAAGCUUAUGAUAAUCUGAAAGAUGAAAUGAUCAGAGUGAAAGAAGAGAGCAGCAGCAUUUCUUCCUUGAAAGAUGAGUUUACUCAAAGAAUUGCAGAAGCAGAAAAGAAAGUUCAGCUAGCCUGCAAAGAGAGAGAUGCUGCUAAAAAGGAAAUCAAAAAUAUAAAAGAAGAACUUGCUACUAGAUUAAAUAGUAGUGAAACGGCAGACCUUUUGAAAGAGAAAGAUGAGCAGAUCCGAGGGUUAAUGGAAGAAGGAGAAAAACUUUCAAAACAGCAGCUGCAUAAUUCUAACAUCAUUAAGAAAUUAAGAGCUAAAGACAGAGAAAAUGAAAAUAUUAUUGCAAAGCUGAACAAAAAAGUUAAAGAGUUAGAAGAAGAGUUACAACAUUUAAAACAGGUCCUUGAUGGCAAAGAAGAGGUUGAGAAACAACAUAGAGAAAAUAUUAAGAAACUAAAUUCUGUGGUAGAACGCCAAGAGAAGGAUCUUGGCCGACUUCAAGUAGACAUGAAUGAGCUUGAAGAAAAGAACCGAAGUAUUCAGGCUGCUCUUGAUAGUGCAUACAAAGAACUUACUGAUCUCCACAAAGCCAAUGCUGCAAAGGAUAGCGAAGCCCAGGAAGCUGCUCUAAGUCGUGAAAUGAGAGCUAAAGAAGAACUUUCUGCAGCACUGGAGAAGGCCCAAGAAGAAGCCCGUCAGCAGCAAGAAACAUUAGUGAUUCAAGUGGGGGACCUUAGGCUGGCACUGCAACGUGCAGAGCAAGCAGCUGCCAGAAAAGAGGAUUAUUUACGUCAUGAGAUCAGUGAACUCCAGCAGAGACUCCAGGAAGCAGAGAAUCGAAACCAAGAACUGAGUCAAAGUGUUUCAUCAACAACAAGACCAUUGCUUCGACAGAUAGAAAAUUUGCAAGCAACUCUAGGGUCCCAGACGUCAUCAUGGGAAACGUUAGAGAAGAAUCUUUCUGAUAGACUUGGUGAAUCCCAGACCUUGUUGGCAGCAGCAGUUGAGAGAGAACGUGCGGCCACAGAAGAACUUCUUGCCAACAAAAUUCAAAUGUCUUCCAUGGAGUCACAGAAUUCUCUCUUAAGACAAGAAAACAGUAGAUUUCAGGCCCAGCUAGAAUCAGAGAAAAAUAGGCUAAGAAAACUAGAGGAUGAAAAUAAUAGGUACCAGGUUGAAUUAGAAAACAUAAAAGGUGAAUAUGUGAGAACACUUGAAGAGACAAGGAAAGAAAAGACACUGUUGAAUAGUCAGUUAGAAAUGGAGAGAAUGAAAGUUGAACAGGAAAGGAAGAAAGCAAUUUUCACUCAAGAAGCAAUAAAAGAAAAGGAACGGAAGCCAUUUUCUGUUUCUAGCACUCCCACAAUGUCACGCUCAAGUUCGAUAAGUGGAGUUGAUAUGGCAGGGCUACAAACAUCUUUUAUGUCUCAGGAUGAGCUUCAUGAUCAGUCAUUUGGACCAAUGUCUGUAUCAGCAAAUGGAAGCAAUCUUUAUGAUGCUGUAAGGAUGGGAGCAGGAUCAAGCAUUAUUGAAAAUCUACAGUCUCAGUUAAAGCUAAGGGAAGGAGAAAUUACUCAUUUACAGCUAGAAAUUGGCAAUCUAGAAAAAACACGCUCCAUAAUGGCUGAAGAGCUAGUUAAAUUAACAAAUCAAAAUGAUGAACUUGAAGAGAAAGUGAAGGAGAUACCCAAACUUCGAACUCAGCUAAGAGAUUUGGAUCAAAGAUACAACACUAUUCUGCAGAUGUAUGGAGAAAAAGCAGAAGAGGCAGAAGAACUUCGAUUAGAUCUUGAAGAUGUAAAAAAUAUGUAUAAGACUCAAAUAGAUGAACUUUUAAGACAAAGGCUCAGUUAACUUAUGAAAAUUACAUUCCCAUCAAAGUGAAUGUGAACAUUUAAUAUCUAAGUGCAGAUAUCCAAUAAAUUCUUUUAUAGAAUUAGAAAGUGGAAUUUAGCAUUCAAAAAUUGAAAAAAAUUGUUUUAUAGUAUAUAGUAAUAUUUCCAGUUAAAUUAUUUUGUGCAGUAUUUGGACUUUAUUUUUAAAACUAUUCUUUAAAGAUUUAUUUUUUACAGUCUUUUUUUUUUUUUUUUUUGCCUUGAAUAGCACAGAGAUUUAUUACUUUAUCCUCAUGUCAGUAUGGUUAGGGAAGGAGAAUGGUGUUUAUAUAUUGUAGAUAUAUAACUAAUUGUAUCUAUAAUUUAUAUGUUUUUGUAUAUAUUGAGAACAUUUAAAGAGUGAUAGUAACAUAUUGACACUUUGAAAUCUUUCACACUUAAAUCUUCAGUGCGUCUAAUUACUAUUCAUGAAAAUGGACAUUGUGUUCAAGUAAAAAAAAUUAUUAAACCUGCAGUUAUUAGAUCUUGAACUAAUUUUUUUUCUUUUGGGAAAAAAAACACUCUCUGAAGUUUAAAGGGUAAAUAAUUUAAACUUUAAAAGUUCUGUGGUCUCAAAUUUUAUUUCACUCAGAUUUCACGAUUAAGUCUGUACAAAUUUUGGUACCUAUUUGGAGAAAGCUAUAGCUAUUCAAAGUUAUCUAGGCAUAAUUGAAUAGUGGAAAAAUCUACUUACAGUCAUUUUGUGAUGGUAUCAUUAACAUUUUAGUAGUUUUGAAGACGUAUUGUUUUACUACCCUAUAAAAUGAAUCAAAAGUAAUUAAAUUACUAAUAUAAUUUUCUUUUUAAAAAUUAAUUGUUCACAUUUUGUAAAGCCUUAUUUUUGGCACAUUAAAAGUAUAUGACUGAUAUUCAUAAUAAUAUUCAUAACAAAAUAGAGAAAUUAUAGGAGUUAAAUUUGGCAUUUUGCAAUUUUCUGUGGUUUAUCAUUUAAUUUUUUUCUUGAAACUUUAAAGUGAAAAAUAGUGUGGAAUAGCUGAAAAAAUAACUAUGCCUUCCUCUCAGCUGUGUUUUAGACUUGUGAAAUAUUUUGAUACAUUUUAUUAUUGAAAGUCAUUUAGCUGCCUUUACUUGAAAGUAAGAACACUCACUUAACUUUUAGUUACAUUUUAAACGCUAGAACUUUAGCUACAGGUAAGCCAUGUUGAAGAUUUUAGAAUGCCUUUCAGGGCAAUUCAAGUGACCUCAUUUUUGUUCUUUUUGCAUUCAAGACAGUAUUUCUGUCAGUGAAUCUCUGAUUUGUAGCAUUAAUAAAUAUUCUUUCCAUGUGAGCCAAAUUCAUAAAAUUAAUUUUCUAUAUUUUAGUGGUAAAAAGCAGUAUAAUAGCUUUCUGUCAGCUUUUUUUUUUUUCCCCCAGGGGCUGACAGAGAAUGACAAGACUGAUAGCAAUAAGAAAUGUACAGAAUUAGAAAAUAUAGGAAACUUAAGUUGCAAAUUCUGUCAAGUGUUUGAAACUAGAAGUUUAGGAAUUAUGAAAUUGUUCUUUUAAUAUAUCCAUUAGUGAGGAAAAAAAAAACAAAAACCCUUCAGUUGUGGAGAAAAGAUUGAAAUAAAAUUCCUUUACCUUUCAAUUUUAUAAUAUUAUACAUUCUCUUUUCUUAAUCCAUAUUAACAUUAAUAAAGUCAACUCAACUUAAAAUUUUAAAGUGUUCUCAGUUUAUUUAAGAUAAACAGCUAUUUAAUAUUUAAGUCUUCGGCUGUAUAUUACCAUAUAUUGUUCUUUAUCCACAAAUUAAUAGCUGAUGUUCAUACAGAUCUUAUUUUAUUAUACACUUAGAUUUCUCAAUACAUUUGUAAGUUGAGAAGGUGUACUGAAUUGCUUUCUUGAAAAACUCCACUAAGUGGCAGAAUACCUAUUGAAUAUUGGUUGCUGUAUUUUGCUGUUUGUUAUUAAAACUUAUCUGUCCAUAUUCUAGAAAAUAUUUAUAUUUUAAUAAAGAAAAUAGAUCGCAGUCAGAUGUUUCCAUUCUUGAAAGAAAAUAGGUAAUAUAAAUGAUAACAAUGUCAAGAAUAUAAACAAAGAAUAGAGGAGUGUGAACAUUGUUGUUUCAUAUAUAGACAACUAAGCACAGACUAUGGGCAUCCUUCUAACUCUUGGGAAGCUGAAUUGGGAGUACCAUUUCUUUCUUUUUCUUUACCUGUUUAUUGAGAACUUCCAGUUGUACAAUGUUUAACAUAUGGGGAUGUAUCAAAUGUAUCUAUACUUUGAUUUAAGAUAUUCUAAAUAUGGAUAAUUUCUAACCUAGGAAAACAUGUAGUUUAUAAGUAAGUGAAAAGAAAAGUUCAGGAAAAUUUUUUUCUUGUAAUCCUUCAUUUGGCAUUUGAUUUAUUAAUUGAAAGUUUUUUUUAAAUGCUUAUUAAAAGUAUGUGAUUUAUAAUAUAUAGAAAAUAGCCACAAGAAAAAAUAGAAAAUUACUAUAAAUAUUUUAUCUUGUUCUACCACUCUUUGUCUAGUAUGUGUACAUGUAUGUUCUAAUGUAUCAUAAUUUUUCAUUUUCAUUUAAAAAUCUAAUGUCCCCAAUUCUAUUCAGUUUUAAACUAUUACAACUUUAACUUCAUAUUUUGUAA